UUGACUAUUGUGUCUUUUUUCAAACAAAUGACACAAUGAUGCUCUGUUUCGGUACCUGAAUUUGGACAAAAUCCGGAUGUAAAAACUGGAAGCCAUCCCUAAUCUUGGCCCAUGCCCCAUGAGUACCUGGGUCUGGAUGCAAAUUUUUACAUUCUCAACGGCGUAAAUACCGAAAAUCUAUUUCUGCAGAAGAAUCUCAGUGUUAUCGAUUGUUCAAUAUAAACCAAAACAGUAUGUAUAAUCGAAUUCCUUUGUACAGAAGUUUCCGUUUGCGGCAGCGGUUCAGGACCACCGGCUCGUCGGUUCUAAGCUAUUUGGCAGCUCCUCUGUUGAGACGGAAAGCUCAGAAUUCAUGGGCUGCUGUUCAGGACACCUACUAUUCUACCAAGGACAUAUUUGAGAGCCAUAAGGUGGUGUUUACCAUAUCGACUUCAAUAGCAUCCGUUGCAACAGCAUGGGCUGGUUAUUUACUACGCCACUAUCAUGAAUCAAGAGUUGACCAACGGCUUGAUUGUAUAGAAAAAUCUAUGAAAAGGAAGUAUGAUAUCGAAGAUCCUGGGUUUAAGAAGCUUGUUUCAGGUGGCAUCAGCAUUCCCGCUUGUGUUGCAACUGCUGGAACUACGUUGAUUGUUGGAUAUGGCUUGGGGUGGCGAGGUGGGAAGUGGUAUGCAAAUAAGCAGUUCAAAAGGGAACAGAUGAAACUAUUGGGACUAAUAAAACCAAGAAGGUGGCGUCUUAGGUUACCCCUUUCCAGAUUAAGGUCAUCGCAAGGGAGUGAUGGUGGUGCUAAAGCUCCAGAAGCAUCAAUAGCAUCUGGUGUUGCUGUUCAAAGUCCAGGACCUAACCUGUAAUUAUUCAUUACUAAACAUUCUAAUUUACAACUUUAUUUUCACUUGUUGAUCGAAUUAAAGAUCAGCUAGCACCAAAGGUCCUUAUCAGAACACCUACUCUUAUUUUCUAACUAACAACACACACAUAUAAAGCCUAAUCUUACUUGCAUUUGACUGGAAAGAGGGAUAUAAUUUGAUUCUUUUGGUCUA